CAGGUCUUCACACGCUCACAGGGCUGUAAAGACUUCAAUAACGAGCCAUUAUCCCCCAAUCAUCGGAAUUGAUCGGGUGUUAACAAGGGGCUCUACAUAUGCAAAUGAAGCAAGUGGCCGGGGUAGCUUUAAAAGCUUGGCUGCAUGCCACAAAGCUGCCACAGCACUCUUCUUUCGUGUGACAUUUGGUGAAUUUACAAGUCACUGCGCUGCCCUGUGGACAUGGUGAAAUACUUUUCUGUGGACUGGCUGGCGCUGAGCCACCAGAGCAGCGCAGCGGAGGAGUGGCAAAGAGCUGCCCUGGCCCUCAGACCUCAUGUUGCCUGCAUGGUCCAGCCGAGCGCACCGACUUUUGGCAGGGGUUACCUGCAGCCAAAACCCAAGCUGUCAAAGGCCGCUGAGCAGGGAGAGCCCGAUAAGGCCAGGGAGAAGCAGAACUCGAUCGUGGGCUCACCUUUGCAUGCAGCAGACUGCUUUUCUCCAAUUGCAGAAGUGAGCGAGUAUUCCUCCGGGUACGAGAGCGAAGCAGCAUCCGUGGAUGAAGAGAAUGAGGCGGAAAAAGACGCACCGACGCGCCGAGUGCGCACAAAGUUCACUCCGGAGCAGAUCAGCAAGCUGGAGAAGAUAUUCAGUGAGCACAAAUACAUGGAUGCAGGGGAGAGGGUAAACACAGCGCAGAAGCUGAACCUCACAGAAACUCAGGUUAGGACGUGGUUCCAAAACAGACGGAUGAAGCUGAAACGAGAGGUCCAGGACUACCUCGCUCCUAGGGUCCCGUCAGUCACCUUCCAGCCUAUGCAUCCGAUUAGGUACCAUCCCGUGGUUGCGCAGCAGGCCCACUACACCACACCCAGCCAGGGUCUUUCCCCGCUUUUCCCGCAUCUGGUCCUGCCGCAACAGCUUACUCCUCACCCCGCGCCUCAGCUCAUGAUUCAGUAUCCACAUUUCUACUGAACAAACUGCCAAAAGAGACUAUUUAUUCCGACUUAGACACUUAUAAUCGCCAAAAUGUGCAAUCCGAUUUGUAAAAAUUUGUACAGAAG